AUGAGAACAAAAUGCACAAGGUUGGGUCAUUUUCUUGCUGGAAUUACGGCAGUGCUGGGACCCGUUUUGCGAAAAGAGCCCAUUGCUAUACUGGUAGGUGGACCGACCAUUUACUACACGUAUGUGCAGGCGACUGAGUCUUAUAAGGACGGUGAUGACAACAAGAUUUCUGAAGCGGUGCAGAACUUCCUGAGGCCCUACGAGAUAAGCGACCUAGAAGAGCAGGUGGUGAAGCGGGACAUCAUGGAGACCAUUAAGGAGCUCGUUAGAAAAUGGAGCCGCCAAACCAAGAAAGCAACAAUCGUCAGUGGCCGCUACUCGGCCGGCAAAACCGUGGCAGUCAAUGAAGCACUGCGCGGCGUCCGCGGUGUCUUCCAGUUUGAUGUCGAAUCUGCAGGCUGGAAGGAGGCGAUGUAUAAGAAGAUGCGUGUGAAUGACGCGGGCAUGUUCAAAGAGGUCUUGCGCCAUGUCCGGAGAGAGCUUGAAAAGUUCCCGGACAAUCCGACCAAGUUCCCGAUACUGCUGCUCGAGGUUCACCGCGAAGUCGUAGGAGGUGCGGAUGCCAUGAAGUUGGUUUCCACCACCGCCAAGACAUUGGCAACAGAUGGCGCUGACCAAGCACCAACCCACGUCAUCGUUUCCUACUCCUCUGCCGCCUUCGCGCUGGCUUUCGAUGCUGGUGGUCCCGGUCGCCAACAAGAUGUAUGGGUUGGUGGCUUCACGGAAGUUCAAGCGGAGCAGUUGGCAAUGAUGAACGGGUGCGGGAAAUAUGACUGGAACAAAAUCCAGCCAACCGUGGAAAAGUGUGACUCACCAGCACUUAAAGCCGAGCUUCAAUUC